UACAGCGGACGAAAAAACAAAGCAAAAUCAUUAUUCCUUUCACAUUCAAUGCCAUUAAUAGUCGCCAAAAAAGGCUUUAGUCAUUAAUCAUAAGGUCAGAUAAAGCCAUUUGAUGAAAGACAUGUUUUUACCUGUCAGCAUGGGUUUCGGAAGAGUUGGCUGCCCUGACACAAUCAGCUGAUGCGAAGAAGACCCGAGAUUGUUCAAAAUGGGACGAGUUUUCUCCUUUUUAAUCCUUGUGACAGUGCUUCUGGAAGUGUCUAGCCUCGCAUUGGAGAGAGAAUUUCAGAAGUGUGAAAAAACUGCUUAUCCUCCUCCUGAAAGUGAUCUUGUGCCGACGUUUGAGGUGGACCUUGACUUGCCUCCACUACAGCGAUGGGCUCCACUUAUGAGAGUGAAAGGACCCAAACUGAUAACUUUGGUGGAUGAUGUGAAGGAGCUUAUACAUUCUGUUGUAGGAGAGAAAAUCUUCAAUACAAUUAUGAGCAAUCUUCCCAAGGUGGCAACCUCUCUACCGUAUCCAUUCUACGAAGAGAUGGUUGGAAUUGCAACGUUUUCAGGCAUGCCACUAAGUCUUGUGACCCUCUAUAAUAUAUUCUAUGAAGCCUUUACUCUUUGUACAUCCAUCAUUGCCCAAGAUCCAGAAGGGCAUCUCUACCACGGCAGAAACCUAGACACUGGACUGUUUUUAGGAUGGGAUGCAAAGAAUCAUACCUGGAAAGUUGCGGAGAAGCUGCGUCCUCUCACUGUGCAGCUUGACUGGAAGAAGAAUGGGACUACACUCUUCCGGUCUAUCAGUUUUGCUGGUUAUGUGGGGGUCCUUACUGCUGUCAAGAAGGACAAGUUUACGUUUUCCUUGGAUAAAAGAUUUGCCCUGAAUGGAGGCUACAUGGGGCUGCUGGAAUGGAUCCUCUUCAACGAUUACAAGCAAAGCUGGGUGGCUUUCCUGACGCGUGAAGUGAUGGAAGAGGCUGCCAGCUACGAUGAGGCACAGACGAAGCUCUCAAAAACAAGGCUUUUAGCCCCAGUAUAUUUCAUACUAGGUGGCAUCAAACCUUAUCAGGGUUGUGUAAUCACAAGAGACAGAGACAAUUUCAACAUGCUUAGUCUAGACAGCAAGAGCACGAAUGCAAAGCUGUGGUUCCUCGUUCAGAGCAAUUAUGAUCACUGGAAGACGCCUCCUUUCUUUGAUGAUCGCAGAACUCCAGCAACCAAGUGCCUAAAUUUGGCAGGACAGAAAAAUGCCUCCCUGGGUCUGAUUUACAAUGUACUCUCUACAAAGCCUGUCUUGAAUAAGGAGACUGUUUAUACCUCACUCAUGGAGGCUACGUCAGGUCAGCUGCAGGCCUGGAUCCGAAGCUGUCCAGACCCAUGUUGGCCUUGGUAGAUGUAGAAGUGCAGGGGUUAAGAACAUUUAAUUAAGUAGUGAAGAUGUGAUAAAGUUGUUUACUAUUUGAAUUUGGUAUUGAUUUGAAGGAAGAUUUCAAUGGAAUGUAUGUGAAAGAUUUAUUCAUAUUUCCAGUUUUUUCACCAAUUCACCAGUACAAGCAUUGAUAUUCAUAUGGAAACAUGCAUGCAAGUACAUAGUGUAAUCACCCACAUUCAUGAACACGUGUACACAUCCUGACACUCUCGCCCCUAACCCCUUCCCUCCCACACACCAUACACCCAUUCAUUUGCACACAUGCCUAUAAACACACUUGUACACACAUACAUACAUAUGCACACAUACCAUAUGCUCACAAGCAUACAUAUGCACACAUACCAUAUGCUCACAAGCAUACAUAUGCACAUA